AGGAAAAGUGAGAGAUCACGAGACUCAGAGAGACCGAACACAGAGACAGAGACUGUGUGAGCGACUGUAGAGAUCUUCAGAUGGAAAAACUUUAACACCAGCAGAAGUUUGACCUCUAAAAGCAAAUAUCAGUGAGAGCUGAUCUUAGUUCAGUGGUUUGCUGGGGAAAAUACAGAUGGGAAAAGCUGAAGGUCUCAGGGGAAGUUUAAUAUGUGAGGAGGGUUUGUUAAGAGCAGCACCUGAGCACCAGAUCAACACUUUGAACUAUGGGAUCUCAGAUGAAGAUUGAUUCAUGGAGUCUCUUACACACAGGAUUAUAUUAAGAGAAGAACAUCAGGAAGAAGAUGGAAGAACAGGAUCAGACGUGGAGUGAUCAGAUUUCUGGAUCAGAGUCUGAAGACUCCUUUGAUUUCCUUUUUAAGAUUAUUCUCAUUGGAGAUUCAAAUGUGGGGAAGACGUGCGUGAUACAGAGAUUUAAAUCUGGGAUCUUCUCAGAGAGACAACAGAACACGAUUGGAGUGGACUUCACUGUUCGGACCAUCAACAUCGAGGGCAAGAGAGUCAAGAUGCAGGUUUGGGAUACGGCCGGACAGGAGCGUUUCCGCACCAUCACACAGAGUUACUAUCGCAGUGCACAUGGAGCCAUGAUCGCCUAUGACAUCACCCGCCGGGCCACGUUUGAUUCUGUCCCCCGCUGGAUUCAUGAGGUUCAGAAAUUUGGAGCAACAAACGUUCUGAUGGCUUUGAUAGGUAACAAGUGUGAUCUGGAGGCCGAGCGGCAGGUUGAGUUUAAAGAUGCUUGUAAACUAGCAGAUGAGCGAGAGAUGGUGGCAGCGCUGGAGACUUCAGCUAAAGAGUCUCAGGGCGUAGAUGAAGCGUUUGUGAUGAUGGCACGAGAACUGAUGAUGAUGAAUGGGAUGAAGGUCACACAGGAGGAUGUCUGUCAUGAUUCACACACCGUAACACUCAAAACAAACUCAAGAUCCAUCGAUCAUUCAAACGCAUUCACUGCUGACAGAAAGAGCUGUGACUGCUAACCCUAAGAUAUAUGAACUUCUCUUCUGAGAUUAUCAACACUGUGACGGUUGUGAAUUGUUUUUUUCUUUUUACAGUAUUGUUUCAGUCGAUUUAUCUGUGAGGUGCUUUGAAUAAGAAUAUAUGCUAAAGAAAUAAAUGAGCUUUAAAACAU